AUGUACUGGAAAAAUGAAGUUUUGUCCCCUCUUUCAGAGGGAAACAAGAUUCUGUCCGAGGGCAUUCCGACGAAGCAGGUGAUCUGUUCCGAGCAGCAGAGCAAACCGGGAGCCCCGCGCUGCACACUGGACUCGAAACACCCACCGAUGUCUCACUCGGACGGAGAGUCCCAGCGGUCCAACAUGGAGCGGGAGGACACCCGUUCGUCUCCCAGCACACCGUCCACCCCCUCCGUGUGCUCGCCCACCUCCACCAGCAGCUCGGUGCCGUCCAACGGGAAGAACCUGUGCGCCAGCUGCGGGCUGGAGAUCCUGGACAGAUACUUGCUGAAGGUGAACAACCUGAUCUGGCACGUGCGCUGUCUCGAGUGCUCGGUGUGCAGGACUAGGUUUGGUACUAAGUGUGCCCGCUGUGGGCGGCAGAUAUACGCCAGCGACUGGGUGCGCCGCGCAAGAGGGAACGCAUACCACUUGGCCUGUUUUGCAUGCUACUCAUGCAAGAGGCAGUUAUCCACAGGGGAGGAGUUUGGUUUGGUGGAAGACAAAGUCCUAUGUCGGAUCCACUAUGACACCAUGGUGGAGAACCUCAAAAGAGCGGCCGAAAGUGGUAACGGCAUCACAUUAGAAGGUGCAGUUCCAACAGAACAGGACAGUCAACCCAAACCGGCCAAAAGGGCACGGACGUCUUUUACUGCAGAGCAGCUACAGAUCAUGCAGGCACAGUUUGCUCAGGACAACAAUCCAGACGCCCAAACACUACAGAAGCUAGCCGACAUGACGGGCCUAAGCAGGAGAGUUAUACAGGUGUGGUUUCAAAACUGCAGAGCAAGACAUAAAAAGCAUACGCCUCAGCACAGUGGGGCUCCCCAGGGUCACCCUCAGUCGAGGAUACCCUCAUCGCUACCCGAUGAGCUGCAUUACUCUCCGUUUGGCAGUCCUGAGCGGGCACGCAUGGUGGCCCUUCAUGGGUACAUCGACAGUCAUCCCUUUUCUGUGCUGGCCUCUCAGAGUCUCCCUCACCAGUCCAUGUCUCUGCCACAGCUCCCCCUCAGCCGCUAG